GUUCAUCUGUUCCUCCGCUCAUAUGUUCCUCAAUUCCUCAAAUUCCUCAAUAUCAAACAUUGUUUCCACUUGCACACUUGCUCCGAUUCCUUCCCGUCUCACACCCUACUACCUAGUACAUCUCCAGUCAUCCUUCCACCACCUAUCUCUUCCCCUCCAUAUCCGCCUGAAUCGCCAUUACUAUUCUCCCUCUCCAUUCCAAAAGUCAAUUGACCGUGCUUUGCUGAGGUUUUUGUAUUAUACCGAGCAGCCGAGAUCUUGAUUGGCCAGUGUUUCGGACCUUCGCUACGAAUGAGAAUAAGCCUACGACGAUCCAGAUUAUAUCGCAACAUUGCGUCCGUUUAGCUAUCUGAGAGCUGCCGGUGUUGCAUGCUUAGCUUGGCCAGAUGUCAUAUAUUCAUUGACUAGCUCAUUGUUAUCAUCAUCAAUAUAUCUAACUUGAUAGUCACCCGGUUUUAUACCUACCUGUCUAGGCCUUAUCCACUCACCUAACCACAUAAUAUUCUCGCCGAGUUUUUCCAAUUUCAGUCGCUAUCAGAUGUUGUGAUACCGCUCAACCCCUUCUUCUUUAAACUCACACUUCGAUUUCGACAAACCUGCAAACUGAUUUCUUUAUUUACAAUUGAAUCGAAAAUGUCUAUGGACUGUUUGGAGGCCUUGUGUACCAAUAUCCCCGACUGGCUCAAACGUCUUGAGGAGCUUAAUGGGCAGAUCGAGCAGCGCCAGCGGGAUCUGGCCUCCUUGCCCGAAAACCAACGUCAGUCUUCUGCACGCUCAAUCAGAAACCGCGGUUCGACCGAAUCCCUUAAGCCACAAGAUGAGGCCGUGGCGAUAAAUCCACCAGACCGAACACGUGUCGCGACGCCGCCUCCGGCUACUCAAAACAAUGUCCAGCAGCAACGCGGCAAUGAUGUGCCUACGAGCCCCGUUAGCGAAUUCAACUCCAAAGCCUCACUCCAGCGUCAGACCAACGAAGUCAUGGCAACCGCACAGCGACGAGCCCGCGCAACGCUCCGAAAGAAACAGAAGACAGAGUCGAUGAUCAGCCAAGAGAACACAAUCCAGAAAUAUCGAUCACGGAAUAUGAUCAUUGUCUACUAUGAUAGCUACGUGCAGUCAUUUUUUGAAGAGCUGGUUAAGUUUGUAUCACUGCAACGGAACUCAAUGCGGAAAGCCAAAAUGGCCGCCAAGGUAGCUCAGAUCAAGCGAAUGGCCGAACUUGAAAUGCCUGACGAAGAAGACGACGAGGACGAUGAUAACGGCGGAGGCAAUGGCGAGCUAAAACCUAGAGAUAAUUUCAUUGUGCCUGAUACUUCGGCGGCACCCUCAGAUUCCAAAUUCGACGGCUCAGAACUGAGAGCGCGAAUGAUGAAUGCUCGGCAGUUGGGCGUACGCGGCUCGGCAUAUGGCAGAAUGAAUAUGCGCGGAACUAGGUCUAGCUUGAACGGCGGACUAGGAUCGUUUCAGGACCGGGGUGAUAUCUGGGAAGUCCUCGACAAGGGGCUCGAGUUUGUCCAGGGCAUGUGUGAACAUGGAGCACAUCAAUUCCUUCGAGAUGCAGAUUGCAGUGUGGAAGUCGAAAAGAUCAAGGCGCGUCUAGCACAGACGAAAGAGGCUGCGGAUCAGGAACUGGUACGUGUUCGCGCCGAGAAGGUGAACAGUCCCUCACCUGAGCAGACCAAAUCACGAAGCUAUCGCCCGGUAACGAUGCGAAAGGAUAGUUAUUCGCCAAGUUCCAAGAAUACUCCUAAACCGGUAAAUAUAGAAGUUGAAGAUGAAGGAAUUCAGGAUAUGGACGGCUUCCAAGCCGAGAUCAAGCCAGCAAGGUGAGCAAAGGGUCUUGCGUCAUAACAUGAUCUGGCUUCUCUCUAGGCAUCUCUCCCGAGCUGGACCGAGUCAUCUGCCGACUAUUGUAUACCAACGAUAUAUAUAUUUAUAUAUACUUUACAUACUAUUUACUACCUAAGUUGGAUUUCUCAUAUACACCAGCCCACCAGCUUCGAGGAUGGCAUACAAAAACAUCAUACUCCAAGGAAAACGCGUCAAUUUCUUCCUUUUUGUUUUGGAGUCUGGGCAGAUGAAAAGCACGCAUCAGCACAUUUGGAUAUUAUUUUCAACGUGCUUGGAGUUGGGAAUCAGGGACAUCCUGGUAAUGAUAUUACCAGCCGAAAAUGGAAUUGGAUAUCAGUAUAAGAGUUUACACCAAACCUGUCAUGACUUUAUGGGAUUAACGGCCGAGAAAGCACAAUACGUGUAUAUACAUUGUCACAUAUAGGAGCUAUGUACAUUUGCUGAGCUACAUAGGGUAACCAUUUGAGAGAAGUGGUGAAUUGCUAGUUUAUUGGCCAACUCUAUCAGAGGGUUCUUCACUACAGCUGCGAAUAAUAGCCAUAAUAAUAUAUCUAUCUAC